UGUGGUGGUUUCUGAGAUCUUUGUGAACCUCGGCAGACGGCGGCGGCUGCGCAGGCCGCGGCCGGGUUUGGGGGUGAAAGCAAAUAAAACAGGUUUUCAAAAACCUGAUGAACGGUGAAAGUGAAGACGGAGAGUCGAAGAAGUUUGCGUGAAAAACCAGAAAGAGAGAAACCAGGAGGCGAAGGCAGGGAGGGGGAGGAGGGUGGGAGGGAGAGGCCCGGUGACCUCAUGUGACAUGUGACGUGGGCUCCACCACUCACAGAGGGGAGUGUGUGUGUCUCUCUGUUUGGAGGAUGGCGAGGAGGAUGCAGAGAGACUGUGGCUUCUAGCUUUUUACUAGCACUGACGCUCCAGUCGGGCCACCACCACCGAGGAAGAAAAGGAAAGAGGCAGACCAUGCAAUCAGCCUAGCGGGCUAACCUCAGACCAUCAGCCUGCUGACAAGCCCAACCCUCCCCGCCAGCCAGCUCCCACCACCUGGGUCCCCCCUCAUCUCCAGCCCUGGUGAGUCCACCUCCACACCUGGAGACCCCAAAGCUGCUGUUGCAUCUCUUCAAGCUGCUUCUCCUCCAAUCUUUCCUCGCUUCUCUCCACUCUCCUCUGGUGCUGGUGCUAACACAUGCUUCUGCUGCUCUCUGCAAGCUUGUGGCUUGGGAUUCCUGUGGUAGACACAAACCCGAGAUUCUUGGUUGCAAACAGUCUCAGAGCUCCAGGAGUUUUAGCCCUCUUGUACUUUUCUUACUUCUUGCUCCCCUUCUUCAUGGUGGUCUUUCAUUUUUUUUUUGUCUUUGAAAGAGGCUUUUCCCCACUCUGAGGUUGGUGGAGACUGACUGCAGCGAGGGCUCCACGCUGUCCCGUCUCGCCUGUCAUGGCAUCCAACAGCAUCUUUGACUCUUUCUCCAACUACAACAGCAGCCUACUCAGAGAGCCGCCCACAACCAGACGGUUCACACCGCCCUCAACGUCCUUCCCCUGCAGCAAGAUUGGAGACAGCAACGGGGCCAUGGCCACCACGGGGCCGCUCAGGUCAAGACCGGACAACAGGAACGUGGUGGACGUCCUGGCGGACCACGCAGGGGAGCUGGUCCGGACCGACAGCCCCAACUUCCUGUGCUCUGUGCUGCCGUCUCACUGGCGAUGCAACAAGACGCUGCCAGUGGCUUUCAAGGUGGUGGCCCUCGGUGACGUUCCCGACGGCACCCUGGUGACCGUCAUGGCCGGAAACGACGAGAACUACUCAGCCGAACUGAGGAACGCCUCUGCCGUGAUGAAGAACCAGGUGGCCCGCUUCAACGACCUGCGCUUUGUGGGCAGGAGCGGACGAGGAAAGAGCUUCACCCUGACCAUCACCGUCUUCACCGGACCGCCGCAGGUGGCCACCUACCACCGAGCCAUCAAGGUCACCGUGGACGGACCGCGGGAACCGCGCAGGCACAGAGUGAAGAUAGAAGACCCCCAGAAGAUGCAGUUUUCUGACCGGCUCUCAGAGAUCGAGCGCUACCAGCGAACGAUGAGGAUAGGCCCUGUGAACAAUAACCCGCGGCCCAUUCACCAAACCCACCUCAGCACCACACAAGCGCUGUGGCAGGAGCAGAUGGACACCCCCACUCUGAAGCAGUGUAAGGUGGAGGACGACCUGCGACCAUGGACAGCAACGACGGAUUUCUUCCCUCAGAGGACCACCUUCCCGUCUCUGUCGCCGCUCACCGACCCUCGCUUCUCAGACCCCCGCAUGCACUACCCGGGGGCUUUCUCCUACUCUGCCAACACCCCAAGCAGCGGCAUCAGCAGCCUCAGCAUGUCGGCCUCCUCCAGAUACCACACCUACCUGCCACCACCUUACUCAAACAACCAGUCCCAGAACCUCCAGUCCAACUCGUACCUGUACUACGGCACGGGCUCUGGAUCUUAUCCCUUCUCCAUGGUGGCCCCAGGGAACACCGGAGGGGAGCGCUCCCCCACCCGCCUGCUGUCCUGCUCAGGGGCCGCGGGCACCGGGGGGACCAACAGCCUGAUGAACCCCGGCCUGAACACCCAGAGCGAGGGCGUGGAGGCCGACGGCAGCCACAGCAACUCCCCGACUUCCGGCCGCUUGGAUGAGUCCGUCUGGAGGCCAUAUUGACUGACGGACAGCUA